CCCGAAGCCAUGUUUUUCUCCAAGGGCACUGCAGUGCUCCUUUUAUAUCGCCAGAAUCGCCUUUGGCCUUCGACUGGGUCCCGAUUUCUUUCGACAAAAGCGUACGAGCCGCUCCGAAUUCUCUUCUGUGGAUCCGACGAGUUCAGCAUAGCUUCCUUGAAAGCUCUCCACAAGGAGCAUGUGCAUCGACCAGAUCGAAUUGCGUCAAUUGAUGUUGUCUGUAGGCCUGGGAAGAGAGUGGGGAGAGGCCUAAAGAAAAUUCGAGAAGUCCCGAUCAAAGCGGCUGCAACGGAACUCUCUCUCCCUAUUCACGAGAUCGAUACCUUCACAGGAUGGAAGCCCCCAGUGCUUUCCGAAGGCGCUAUCAAUUUAAUCGUGGCUGUCUCAUUUGGCCUCUUCGUACCUCCACGAAUCCUGGAUGGCGCAAAAUAUGGUGGUCUGAAUGUCCAUCCUUCAUUACUCCCUGACUUCCGUGGGCCCGCACCCCUACACCACACCCUCUUAGCUGGAAGAACUACAACUGGCGUUACCCUGCAAACGUUACACCUUCAGCAUUUUGAUCAUGGAACGAUCCUUGCACAGACUCCGCCUCCUGGAUUCGAGAUCCCAAAUUCCGAUUCGUGCACUGUCCCACAACUGUUAGAUCUUGUUUCCCCCAAAGGAGCGGAGAUAUUGGUUGAAGGUAUCAGGAACGGACUGUUUGUUCCUCCAAUUGAGGACGCAGGCUGGUACUCAUCUGAGGGGCAAGGCGAAUUGAUCCAUGCGGCUAAAAUCAAGCCCGAAGAUCGACAUAUCGACUGGGCUAAUUGGACCUGGACAGACAUCAGUCGACGGAUCCGAGUAUUGGGUCCACUAUGGAGCAAGUCGCUAGUCGCCACUGAAACUUCUGGCAAAGUCCCUUCAUUUCAGCAGCGAAGAGUUAUCUUCACAGAACUUGAGGAAGUAAACCCCCCGCUUAAAGGUAGCGAGUCAUUCGCUCUUGUUCCCGGUUUACCCUUUCUCGAAGGCGACCAUUCUUCCAAGCCCGAUUCUGGGAAUGGCGUAUACGUCUUUACGCGAGACGGAAAAUUGGUUAGGAUCCAUCAGAUGAAGGUUGAAGGAGAGCCGAAUGCCGACGCCCUGCGGGCUGCAUUUAAAGCUCGAAUGGUGGGAAGUCGAACGUUCUCCUCGAACUACGGUGUAUUUACUCCGUUUCAUAAUCCUCUUUCCUAAACGGAGGAAAAAGGGAACAGAAUGUAUUUCUAUGUAUAACUAACACCAUAUGAUACCAUUUAGCGGGGUUGGUCAUGUCCAUCAUUAUGUGCCUGACUACUCGCACUCCCUGCCCGUCCAGCGCUUAAUAGUUUACC